AUGCUCGACCGGAUUCCCAAAAGGGAUAUCUUCGCCUGGAACGCCCUCAUCAGGGCGCGCCUCGCCGAUCGCAAGCCCUCCGAGGCCAUUCUCAUCUACUGUCAGAUGCUCCUCCGCGGAGUCAACGCCGACAAUCACACCUUUCCGCGCAUCCUCAACGCGGCGCGCCUCGGAGGUGCUUUCUUCAGCGGGCGGCAGGUCCACGGCCAUGUCCUGAAGCUGGGGCUCGGCUCCGACGAUUUCGUGGUGACUGCGCUUGUGUCUAUGUACGGGGACCUGGAUGGCCCUUGCUCGGCGCGGAAGAUCCUCGACGGCUCUUCCCGAAGGAACCCCGUCUCCUGGACGCUAUUGAUGGGUAUGUACUCGGACCAGGAAAAGCCCAAUUUGGCGCUGAAAGUGUUCUACGAGAUGGCGGCCGCCGGCGUGCCCCUCGACUCCGUGGCGCUUGCCACGGCUCUCGGAGCUUCCGGCAGACUGAGGUCGGUCCUGGACGGGAAGAAGAUCCACGACCUGGCGAGGAAAAGUGGCUUAGAGUUACACCCCCUGGUGGCCAACGUUCUCGUGAAAAUGUAUUUCGACUGCGAGGUGCCGGGGGACGCGCGAGCUCUGUUCGACCGAAUGCCGGCCAAGGACAUGGUCUCGUGGACGACGGUCAUCUCGGGGGCCGUUCACACGGGGGCCUUCAACGAAGGGCUGAAGCUGUUCCGUGAGUUGUGCGCGGAGGGGAGGAAACCCGACCACUUCACGGUCUCCUCCGUCCUUCCUGCCUGCGCGAGGAUGUCAGCCAGCCGGCACGGCAGGGAGAUCCACGGCUACACGAUCCGGCACGGCGUGGGCGCCGGCUUGCCGGCCGUGCAGAAUGCCCUCAUGGAUAUGUUCGUCAAGUCGGGCCGCCUCGAGUCGGCACAGAAGAUUUUCUUCCAGAUGGCGGAGAAGGACGUCGUCUCUUGGACCGUGAUGAUCAUGGGCUACAGCCUGCACGGGCGUGGAGAGGACGGCGUAAAGCUGUUCCGAGAGAUGGAGAGGGACCCCGCCGGCGUGGCACCCGACGCGGCCGCCUACUACGCCGUGCUCCACGCUUGCCACACCGCUUGCAUGGUGGAACAGGGGAGGUUCUUCUUCGGCCGCAUCAGAAAGCCAGGGGUCGAACACGUCGCUCUCCUCGCCGGCCUCCUCGCCCGCGCUGGAAAGUUUGAGGCGGCGCGGACCUUCGUCGAGAAACGGCGAAUGGAGGACCGCCCGGAGGUCCUCAGGGCGGUCCUCGACGGCUGCAGGAUCCACCGGAACCUGCCGAUGGGGAAGCGGACGGCGGAGAAGCUCGCAGAGCUCGAGCCGCUCAACGCCGAGAACUACGUCCUCCUGUCCAACAUCCACGCCGCCGGCGGCCGGUGGGGCUCGGUGGAGGGGCUGAGGCGGACGAUCAGAGACAUGGGCCUGAGGACGAAGCAAGCCUGCAGCUGGAUCGAGGUGGGGGGCAAAUUCCACGUCUUCCGCGUGGGCGAUGUCUUCCACCCGAGGUCGGUGAGGAUACGCUGGGAGCUUGAUAGGAUGAUGGAGAAGAUGAGGGAGGAGGGGCUCUCGCUUGAUGCGGACUUCAGCCUGCACGAUGUAGACGAGGAGAGGGAAAGCAUCCCAGCGGGGCACAGCGAGCUGCUGGCCAUCGCCUUCGGGCUGAUCAGCACGCCGGUAGGCGCCGUCAUCAGAGUGACAAAGAACCUCCGCCUCUGCCGGAGCUGCCACGCCUCCGCGAAGCACAUCUCUUGGCUGACCGGACGGGACAUCCUCCUCAAGGACCCUCUCCGCUUCCACCAUUUCAGAGAUGGGGAGUGCUCUUGCAGGGAUCUCUGGUGA